CACUCGCUGGUUGUUCGUAAACUGAACUUUAUUGCGUUGUUUGAUCCCGUGUGACGCCAUUCAAUAACAUAAAACGACAUAUUUUUGAGGGACAGUCACGAGGAAGCAAGCAACCCUGUUAAUUAAGUAGCAUUAUCUUGCAACAGGAGCCAACGUAAUGUCCCGCUACACUGCCAAUGGCGAUGGAGGGCACGUGUCCUUGUUCAGACCACGGCGGGCAGAAACGCAGAGCAACAAUUCACAAAACUCGUCAUUUAAACAACAGAAACUGCCCGCAUGGAAGCCCGUCCUCACCACAGGAACCGUAUUCCUGGCCCUCUUCAUCACCGGACUCCUCUUCAUCCCCAUCGGUAUCGGCCUGUUGGUGACGUCCAACAACAUUAAGGAGGUUCAGAUUGACUACACGGGUGUGGACACGUCCAGUCCCUGCUUCAGCUGCUGGAAAAACUCCAGCUGGAACAGCAAGUGCAAGUGCAAAGUGCCCUUCUUCCUGGAGCACUCUUUUGACAGCACCGUCUUCAUGUACUACGGCCUGUCCAACUUCUUCCAGAAUCACCGCCGCUUCAUCAGUUCUCGCGACGACCGCCAGCUAAACGGCAACAUGGAGUCCUUGAUGGAACCUAGCAAGGACUGUGAGCCGUACGCUUUCCGGGACAACAAGCCCGUGGCGCCAUGUGGAGCCAUGGCCAACAGCAUGUUCAAUGACACUCUGGAUCUGUUUUACAAUGUGCCCACUGGUGAUGACAUCCAAAUCCCUCUGACCGCUGAGGGCAUCGCAUGGUGGACGGACAAGCACAUGAAGUUCAGGAACCCGCGAGGCGUGGACCAAAACCUCUCGACUGCCUUCCAAGGGACCAGCUGGCCGCUGAAUUGGCGCCGACCCAUCUAUGAACUAGACGAGGAUCCGGAGAACAACGGAUUCAUCAACGAGGAUUUCAUCGUCUGGAUGCGCAGCGCCGCCUUGCCGACCUUCCGCAAGCUCUACCGCAUCAUCCAAAAAAAGAAGACUUGGACUCUCGCAAGAGGAAACUACACGCUGCACGUGGGUUACAAUUAUCCAGUUAGGAGCUUCCAGGGCAGGAAAUGGAUGAUCUUGAGCACCUCCUCCUGGAUGGGAGGCAAGAACCCCUUCCUGGGCAUCGCUUACCUCGUGGUAGGCUCCACUUGCUUAAUCCUGGAUGUGGUCCUGCUGGUCCUUCACCGACAAAACAACAACCAAUGAGGAAUGGAACGUCCUGAUGGUCGUGCUUUCAAUUUUUGUAAAAAGAGCUCGUGUCAGACCACACAAAAAACACUUUGACAUGGAAAGAUAACAUUUUGUCAACAUUAAUGUGAGAAGAAUAGUACAAUGUAGACAGCCAAUUUCUCCAGGAGCCAAGUAGAAAUACUUUUACUUUAGUACUUACUACUUUACUAUAUUUUUGUUCCUGACUGCAUAAACACUUUUUGAAAAACUUUUCUUGUU